AUGCACUUUACUAUUCUAUUCGUCUUGGCAAUUUUAAAGAUAUGUGUAUCAUCAGUAUUAUUUCGUAUUCACAGUAACAACGAAAAUGUUUUCAUUAAUUCCAGUUAUCUAUUUGGUACAAUACAUUCUCCACAUCAUCUUGUCUGGUCUUAUCUUUCAAAUGAUAGUCUUCAGAUUUUUGCUGAGAGCGAAGAAAUUUGGAUGGAACAGGAUUUUACUGAUUCUCCAAUUAUUAAAUAUUUGUACGGAUGUAAAAUUGAUAGCAUGACACGAAAACAACAAGCUCAUUUGCGUACAAAAACAUGGUCUCAAUUUCUUAAUGAAACAAAAAGAAAGCCUAACAAUAAAUCAAAAAAAUCUAAUAAUCUUGCACAAUGGCGAAAAUGGUUUAUUAACAAGCAACUAAUAUUGAAUAAAUAUUUUUGGCGUAAUGAAACAAUAUCUAAUGAUACAAUUGUUGAUCAUCGUAUCAUUCUUGAAGCUUAUCAAAGAGGAAUAUACGUUGGUUCACUUGAAUCUAUUCCAAAUGAUUGUUCUCUGAUUAAUAAGCUACAAAGUAGUAAAAAGUCAUCAAAAUAUUUAGAAUUAAGCAAUACAAUAUUAGCUUCUCGUCUUUACAAUUGUGAUAUGAUAAAUGAUGAUGUCGUAAACAAGGCUUUUGAAACUUUGAAGUUCUUUAAAACGAAAAAACGAAAUCAACAAAUAACAAAAAAAAUUCGAAAAUUAUUAAAAAAAGAUUCUCAUAAAAAAUAUGUGUUUGCUAUUGGUGCAGCUCAUCUAUUUGGCAAUAUUAGUGUUGUUCGAAUGUUAGAAGAUCAAUUUAAUAAUGAUUAUUAUAUCGAACAAAUCGAUUCACCUAGUCAAAAUUUUCCAUCUGAGUAUGUAUCAUUUUUUAUUGUCGAAAAUUUUGAUAUCAUACGAAUUUGA